AUGAGUAAAGGUGGUUUAAAGGCACAAUUAGAUCACGUGUGGAUAGACGAUCAAAUACAACCAUUACCAAGAUCUGUAAGAAAACGCCUCCACGGGUGGGCAAGGGCUGAAGACUUGGCUCAAAGUCAAUGGGAAGCGGAUGUCUUUGUGUUUGAGGACAACAACGGCGGGAAGAUGUCUACAGCAGAUAUGCAGUUUGCUCACCAUCAGGUGUUUCAAAUGUCGUCUUUCUGCAGGCGAGUGCUAUCUAUGUGCUAUAUACUUGAGAGAGCGGAAGGUUUUACGGCUCUGCUAAAGCUGGCCGCACCAGAUAUGAACUCUGAUGAUGAUUCAGAUUACGUCGAAGAUGAACCAAUGGAAGAUAUGGACAUUAUGCAUGCUCUCACUGGGUCUUUAAACGUGAAGUAUUAUAUCGAAGACGCUGAUGAAUUGUGGAAGCUGAUUACUUCAGAAGUGCAACUUUUUACGUGGAAUGAGGACCAUGAAACAUAUUCAAGUACUGUAAAAUCUAAAACAAAAAGACCUGGCACUAAAGAAAAUUCGCGACGCUCGCUCACAACUAUUCUUAUCGAGGAUUCAAGGAAUAUGCCACCAUUUACAAUACCUGAAAUAACACCAGCAUUUGAAAUGCAUUUGCUUGUGGUUAUGGCCAGGGACUUUCCAUUAAAGAAACCAUUGCCAGAGCCAGAAGUAGCACCAUGGAAACAUCAUCGUUGGAUAGACUGGGCGCGCAAGCAUGGAAUGUACGAAGCGUUUGAUUGUCCAAGGACACGGUUUUUGAAAUUAAACGGUUUACUAAAACUAUCACUGGCGCCGCAUUUGUUGGACGUUCAAAGUACUGAAUCGGUUAGAAAGAUAAAGAAAGCUGUUAAAGAUAAAAAUCCUUCAGUUACAACUAAUCAAUCAGAAAUAUCACGAUUGAAGGAAGAAUUACGGGAGUGGGUUCAAUUCGAUGCGAUACAGAAACUAAUGAAAAGCAUAAGUACACUUUGUUUUCCAUCAAUGUAUCAAUUUUGCUCAAUAGCCAGUAAUCCUCCGAUUAGAAUUACAAAAUUAUCGCCAAAAAAGGAGCUUGACAUUCCGCCUCCAAAGAACGCACCACUCUAUCUUCAAAUUGACGCCCCAGAAGAAAUUUAUUUAAAAAUUUCCUGCAGCAUGCUCCACCCGCGAGUCUUUUUAAACGCAAAUCAACCAAUAGACGACUACGUGGAGCCGGGAUACGUUUUAGUCGAAGUAUUUCAAUGGUUCACUGAUUGUGAACUUCCAAAAUCAAAAGCUUACUUGCAGACUCGAGGAUACGAUGCAAUGGAGGUGUCAUUUAAGCCAGGAAGACAUUUUUGCAGGUUGUGGAUCCAUUCAAGAGUUCCGUGGUAUGUCAUGCUACUCAGCGAGUCAACAAUACAUGUCGGCACCCGUGAUGUUAUCCAAAUGGCUGCUAUACGAGAAUGUUCCUGGGCGUCAAGGUUUUUAACCAACCUUGGUGCUGCAUUUCAGAAAUUCAUCCGGGCCAAUAAAUCAACCACGUUUUUAUCGUCCGCAGGCCGAGAAUUUUAUAGGUCGUAUAAACCUGAUUUAGACUGGAAUUCAAAAGAGGUCGGUUUUAGUAAGAGUCAUGUACACUGGAUGUUUCGACAAGCGCUACAGUCUACUCUAGAGAAAAAAUUGGCGCCAUUUGAAUAUCGGUCAGUUUGUGCAAUUCUCCAAAAUUACUUUAAUGAUCCAGAUUUUGGUUUAUCCAAAAAGCGAUUGUCUUCAAUGUCCCCCAAAAAUUUGUGUAUUAACGACCUCUGUAACUGCCCUGUGUCAGAAGCAGAAGAAUUAGAAGUUUAUAGAAUCCACUAUAAUGAUACGGACAUAGAUAACAAAAGCUUUGAUGAGUAUACUAAAAACAAACUACAACCAAGCGUAUGUGAUGCUGCUUCAGUAAAAUUACCAUAUGGAGUUCUAAAGAGUAUAAGAGAUGAAAUAAUAAAAAGACAUGAAGCGGCGACAUGUAUACAAGCGCACUGGAGAGGAAUCAGAACGAGGAGAUGUCUAGACUCGCGUGUAACCCUCACGCUUGAGAUUACGAAAUAUCAUCUCAAUGAAUCUGUUUUGUCGAGUUUUCGAUCACAUCGUAAAUAUGGGAAACCUGCAAGUGCUGGUAUUAAAGUUCGAUCAUCUAUAAAGGUAAAAGAUCAGAGGUUGUCACAAGACGCGAAAACAUACUUUAUUGAGCUUCGAGCACCAAAGGGUUGGCCGCUUACUUUAGCUCAGUGGAAAAGAGUUAUAGCAAUUCAAAAUUACCAGGAAUUUAAAACUGAGGUCGCCUCUAAGAAGUCAUUAAGAGAAAAGGUUAGUUCCGCCAAGGAUAAGGAAAAAACAGAACCGCCGAUUUGUCAACAACCGCAGCCUGGUGAUGCGUACGUGCAGUUAGAAUGCUCAUUAUCUGCUGACACAGGAGUGUUUGCUAAACGUGAUGAUACCAGAGAUCUACAGUUCGCAGCGGAAUUAAAAUCAUGGGAAGCUAGUGAACCUGGAAGAAAUGUCAAAGGAGCACAAUAUAGGAAAGAAUUCCGAGAAGAAUUUCUAGAAAAUACUACUGCGUUGUUUGUGGAAAAUACAGAUGCGAAAUCAUGCGAGAUCUUAGAAAAUGCUGUGUCUGAAGAAUUUACUAAAAAUCGCCAUAUUCAAGGUCCGACACCGGCGACUGAGAGCGAAGUUUCAGAAGCCUGUGUAGACUUUAAAAAUGAAGACAAAUACUUGACAAUGCCACAGGAGUUGCAAGAUAAAUUUAAACCACUUGAUUUUAUUCCCUUAUGUACAAGAGAAAGGAAUGAUGAAGAUCGUGUAAUAAUAACACCUGAAAUGCUUGAAGACUAUAAAAAGAGCCGACAAGCUCGCAUAGAAGAAGCAAUGGAACGUGUGAAUCAACUCCAAAUAUACAAUGACGUUCAUAUACUGGAAGCGCAGAAAGUUAGGUGUGAUCGUUUGGAAAAACUUUUCGUUGAUUCACAGUGGAGUCCAGGCUUAAUCGAAGCGUUAGAAGCUAGAGAUAAUACUGUUGCAGACGAAAACACGGACGACGAAGAGAUUGCGUCGAUAGCAGGAUCAGUCCCUUUAGCUGACCUGUCUAUACCUUUACUAGAUGUUGACAAAAAAGCCGAGUCAUCCACAUCGAGCACCACGGAUUUUAGUGCUACCUCUCGAAGAGCUCGUAUCGAGGACGACAUACAGCCAGGAGAGGCCGUAUAA